GAAUUUUUUAGGUUGCGCGUGGAUCCAACAGAUUAAGCUACAAAUUUCUUCUUGUUGCUAGCUCGUAAUUCACUACUCCAUCUUAUCUUUGGUUUAGAUUUGAGGGAAAUCGAAGUUACAGCUUAAACGAAGAAAUAAUUGAACUUAGAGCUCGCAGAAUCUACUGUUCACCACUUUAUGAUUUCUGCUGAAUAAUCAAACUCCGACGACUGUUUUUGGAUUUAAGGAAUCGAUUGGGGGUCGCCACCUCCUGGCGAACCUCCCGGUACCUGUACCGUAUCCCAAUUCAUCCUAAGGCGCUAGAACUGAAAGAUCCGUUGAGAAGACCAUUGUUUUGGGUUUUCUCAGAUUUUUUGAACUUCUACUGAUUAAUACCAAAUUAAAAGCUCAUCUGUGAAGCCUCAACUAGACGAGCAAUUUGGUACCUGAUUGGAGCCAAAUGAGUAAGAACACUGGAAAUCGAGCACUAUUCAUCAAUACGCAGAUUUGGUGAUUUUCUGUAUUGUUCUUCAUCUGGAGAUAACUUGGAAUUCUGAAGCUUUAAUUGGUCUCAGGGGACUGUAACGAAGCUAAGUAUACGUUUCCCCAUUUAAUUUGAGCACUCUGGUUCUGCGUUUUUACUGUUCAUCUUCUUCACUGCUUGACAGUUUUCUAGAACUAGUUAAACUUUUUCUGGGAUUGUUCUGGGUAUUGUUUUUGAUAGCGGUUAAUUUCUGAGAGCUUCUUAUCACUUGAGGAACGUCCUAGAAUUCUUUGAGACUUUUCUAAAAACUUUGAAAAAUUAAAGUUGGGUCCUGAUUUUCUCUGAAAAUACACCUAUUUUCAGAUACUGCUGAUCUUCUCAAACUUACUGUGCACUGUUCAUCUUCUUCCCAGUUUCUUACUAAACUGCAAUAGUGAUAACAGUGUGUCUGGUGCUAGUUAAGCUUCUUGUGAACGUUGUACCUGUGUCUUGCUUUAGAUACUUGCUUCUUUUUUCGAACUAACAAUGCAGGUAAGCUUAUCAAACUAAGAGGUGUACCUCUUAGUUUACUGAGAUUUUCUGGGGAGCUCUUGUUCUGCAUAUUCUUUAAUAUGACUAAAAAGAACAAACAACAGAGAACCCCACCUGCUAAAGACAAGUUAUUCGAUGAAAAAAUCAAGUACCUGAACGAAAAGAAAGCUGCUAAGGCCGCACUUCAGGCUGAGAAGAUGAUUAAGAAAGGUAUAUUCAAUGAGGUUUUACCUAUUGAUGCCCCUGUUAUCUCCUCAAACUCCACCGAAGCCACUGAAGGGAUGGGACUUGAAGCAAAUGUUGAGGUAUCAACUGCGGGGGGAGGACUGGAUGCUAAUGCUGUGGAUCCUAGAUCACCCCAAACUGCUGCCAAUGAUAAGGAGGAUGCUCCUCCUACUUUGGGGGCUACCCCAACUGAGAUUAUGGACAAUAUUACACCUGCUAAUGUUGGGACUGUAAAUGCUGAGGCCUCUAAAGUGGAUGAUGUUGCUGAUGUUAAUGCUUUGGAUAUGACGGAUUCUAGUGCUGGUGCACCACUCAUUGCUGGAGAUAACGAGAAUGAUGGUGCCUCUUCUUCAAAGGCCAAGACACCAAAUGUUGCUGGGGUUAAUCCAACCACUCCUGCACCUAAUAUUAUCACUGCUGAGGCAUCCCAGGGGUCGGGUGUUGUUGGGUCUUAUGCAGAAGCUUUACGUGGGACAGGCUCCUCUAAUGUCGCGGACCAGUUGGAGUUAUCUUUAAAGCCAACAAAGCCUAUCAUAGAAACUGAUGAUGAAUUAGGGAGAUCAAUUUCCUUGGGAUCCCAGGACACAAUUCUUCCAAUUGCAAAACUUCCAAAAAAUGGUGGUCAACCUAAGAAGUGGAAUGCACUUUUCCAUGAUAACCGAGCACCAACAAAUGGCCUCAAAUUGGAGUACUUCCCUCCUACCGGUGAAAUACUCGAUUUUUCUCAUCUAAAGGUACCUACUUUGGUAGAAAUUUGGGGUCACUGCCUGGUUGGAUAUUUUUCUGGUAGAUUCCCGGGCUUGAAAGCUAUUCAUGAUAUGACGACCAAGUGGAAUGUGGAGGUUCAUGUGAAAUCCCAUAGCAAAGGGUGGGUAAUUUUCAAAUUCAAGAGUGAAGAGGAUCGAUUACAUGUAUUAGCCGAAGGACCCUAUGUGCUAUUCGGGAAGACUAUGUACCUCAAAGAGCUCUCCGAUGAUUUUUCAACCAAUGGGGAGGAAUUCCUAAAACUGCCAAUUUGGAUAAAAUUCCUUAGACUGUCUAUGAGACUUUGGAAAGCAAAAGAAAUAGGUAUGAUAGCAUCUCAAGUGGGAAUACCUAUCACAACCGACAAGGUCACUCAAGAUACGGUCCACCCCCAUUUUGCGCGUGUACUUAUCGAGGUUGAUGUUUCUAAACCCCCGGUGAUGCAAUUUCCAAUUAUUCCACCGUCGGGUAAAGAAUACAUGCAACAAGUGAUUUAUGAGACUUUUCCGGAAUAUUGUUUCCAUUGUAAAAAAUAUGGUCACCACUGUUUUACCUGCUUGAUUCUUAAUCCACCUAAGGAAAAGACUACAAGGAAGCCUACUGCCAAAGAAAAAGGAAAGGGGGCUGCCACCCCUAUUGAUGUUGCUGAUCCCCCAUUUGAUAUUGUGAACCGGAAUAAGAGCAAAGGAGUCUAUGUGAGAAGGGUACCACUGGGAAAUGAUGGCGCUUCUACAUCUAAACUUACUGGACCACAUCAACAAGCUACUGGAAUGGACCCAUCCACUGAGGCCGAGCCUACUGCCAACGAAUCUGAUGCGCUGGCUGUCAUCCCUGAGCUAUCUGUCGAGACUGAUCCUAUAUUUGAAUGGGAAGGGAGGCUGAUUACGAGUGUACAUGAGCUAGAACCAGAUGAUAUAGUCAACAAAUUUAUAACAAAGGAAGAUGGUGCACAUAUUGCUUAUGUUAAAAAGAGGCACCAAAUAAAGAGCUUUAUUCCGGUGGCGAGGCUGGGCAAGAACUAUCAAAGGGUGCAGAAUCUGGAUGCCCCAACUUUAUCAUUCACUGACCCAUGUUUGGUUGGGCUUCCUGGAGUGAGGCGAACUAGAUCCUGGUAUGCAUUUACUAGAGAAAUCUUUUUUCUUAAUGUUGCUAGUUUUUUUGAUGUGCAGGCGAAACACAAUGUAAAUUUCCUACAUAAUAAGGAAAUCUCCGCCCUUGAGCAAACUGCCAUCACUGAACCAGUAAACAUGGAGGUUGCCAACUGUCCGCCUAAAGCAGCCUAUGUGGAAUCCCGUGGUGACAAAGCUUUCAACGAGGGGAAAGGGUACCUUGUUACGAAUAUGUAUGAGAUGGGGAUUGACGACGUUGUAACCAUGGUCCUCUUGGACGAAAAGAACAGGACAAUUGCGUACGCAUGGGCACCGGAAGAAGUCCCAAAGGGUGUGACAACGGUUAAAAUAGGGGCAAAUCUGGAAUCGGUUCCCUUUGAUGAAACCGGAAUAACGUUCACCGAGGACUAUCUCCUUAGCUGCCCCGAAGUUAAAAAGAAUGGAGAAUGGUAUGAUUUCGAUAAAUCUACCUUUAUUCAACGUGUUCUUUCCUUCUUUGAUGCUAGCCAGGAAAGGAACAAGAAAUAUCUUAAGGAGAUGCGAAGAAGAGCUAGGAAGGAAAAGAAGGACAAAGGAGGGAUAGACCCGGAAGAUGUGUCUUAUACAUCAGACUUCUAUCUCACUUGAGGUGAUGGGUAUGAUUCAGUAGUCCUUACUUUUGAAUGUUAAUUAAAAUUGCAUCCUGGAAUAUUAGAGGGUUGAAAAAACCCUCUAAGCAUAGUGUUAUUAAUAAUUUUAUUAAGAGUAAUCAUAUUACUCUUUGUUGUUUUUUAGAGACAAAAAUGAACCCGGUUAGUUUUAAAAAUUAUGUCUCUAAUAGGUGGCCGGGGUGGUCGCAUGAAACUAAUUUUGAAACUAUUAACGGUGGGCGUAUGGGCAUUAUGUGGGACCCUAAUUUUGUGAGUUGCUCGUUUUUGGAAAUUGACAAACAACAUAUGCAUGUCAAAUGCACAUGUCGGGUCACCCAAAUCACCUUAUAUGCUACUUUUGUUUAUCCAUUAUAUACUGUAUUAGAACGCAAGGUUCUUUGGGAUCACUUAACGGAUCUGGGGAUUCAUAUUAUAGAUCCUUGGGUUAUUAGUGGUGAUUUUAAUUGUGUUUGUUCGCCAAAUGAGAGGGUGAGUCCAACCCCCCCCCUCGGCUUACAUAAUGCAACAUUUGGGUGAUUUUAUGGUCUCGGCCAACCUACAAGAUGCUCCAUCCACGGGUGUUUUCUACACGUGGAAUAGGGGUACUCUUUGGGCUAAGCUUGACCGAGUAUUAAUAAAUGAUGUUUGGGGACAAAAUGGCUUUGGGUGUAAGGUUCAUUUUUAUGAUAUUGAGGUGAAGUUUGAUCAUUCGGCCUCCGUUUUUUCUAUACUCCAUAGUUCCUCCCCUAAGCCCAAGCCAUUUAAAUUCUUCAACAUGUGGAUAAUGCAUCAUGACUUUGCUAACCUAGUUGCGCAGGUUUGGCACCAAAGGUUUGAAGGUUCGGCCCAGUACACUAUAGUUAAAAAACUAAAAAUAUUAAAAGGGCCUCUCAAGAAAUUAAAUGACAGGGAAUUUGGGCACAUCUCUAGCAAAGCUAAAGCGGCCAAAGAGGACUUCAUGAGGAUGCAAAACCUUGUGCUCCAAUCUCCAUCGGAUGUUGAACUCCUACGCCAAUUGAAGGAAAAAAGGGCUUGGGCUACAUUCCUUAGUGAAGCGGAAACAAGCUUUUACCAACAAAAGGCAAAGGCUAACCACAUCUUGGAAGCGGACAAAGGCACUAGGUACUUUCAUGCAAUCGUGAAAAGGAAGGCAACACGGAAUGCAAUAUCCGCUAUUACUCUGGAGGAUGGUAGUCUUACUACAUCUUUAGAGCAAGUUGGAGAUGAAUUUGUAAAGUUUUUUGUGGAUUUGUUUGGUACAGGUACUGAAGGCCAUCCUUUGGAUCCCACGGUUUUGGGAUCUGGUCCAUUGGUGGGAAGUAGUGCUCAUGAGAGCCUCCUUGCGCCGGUUGAGACGAUAGAGAUUAAAAAUUCUCUAUUUGACAUCGGCAAUGACAAGGCACCAGGACCGGAUGGUUAUUCUUCUGCUUUUUUUAAGUCUAAUUGGGAACUUAUUGGGCAUGACAUAGUCCGGGCCAUCAAAGAGUUCUUUCGUUCGGGUAAGUUACUUAAGCAAAUUAACCACACGGUUAUUGCACUUAUCCCCAAAACAGACCACUCACCGAAGGUCUCAGACUAUAGACCAAUCUCUUGCACGAAUGUCUUGUAUAAAAUCAUCACAAAAAUCCUAGCGGCUAGACUUAGUCAAUGCCUUCCCGACUUGAUUGACCUAGCCCAAGGUGCUUUUGUUGAUGGCCGCCUCAUGUUUGAUAACAUUUUUCUUGCACAAGAACUCGUUAGAGGAUACAUGAGGAAGCGAAUCUCACCAAGAUGCAUGAUCAAGGUGGAUUUGCGUAAGGCUUAUGAUACGAUCUCAUGGAAUUUUCUUGAGGGAGUCCUAAGAGGGUUGGACUUCCCCGAUAGAUUUAUUGGGUGGAUUAUGGAGUGCGUAACCACGGCUUCAUUUUCCAUAUCUUUGAAUGGAUGUUUGUAUGGCUAUUUUAAGGGCAAAAGAGGUAUUCGCCAAGGGUAUCCAAUGUCUCCGCUUCUUUUUGUGCUUUGUCUUGAAUAUUUUUCACGAUUGAUUAAUUUAAAAACCAAAGGGCCGAACUUUAAUUUUCAUCCCCAAUGUGCGAAGCUUGGCAUUACCCACUUGGCCUAUGCGGAUGACCUAAUACUUUUCUCACGAGGCGACACGUAUUCUAUAGAAAUACUUGUCAAUGCCCUUAAAGAGUUUGGGGACGCAUCAGGCCUAAUGGUUAACCACAAUAAAUCUAACAUUUUUGUGGGGGGUGUUAAUGAUAAUGAUCUGGAUGAGAUUAUGGCCCUUGUGGACUUUGGGCGUGGGACGUUCCCGGUAAAAUACCUUGGAAUACCACUUGCCCCGUUAAAGGUUUCGGUGGCUCAAUAUGCGCCCCUGAUUUCUACUAUCUCUGACUUCUUGAAAGUUUGGAAUACUAAGACUUUAUCCUAUGCCGGGAAACUAGAGUUGAUUAGAUCGGUGAUCCAAGGGGUCCAAUCUUUUUGGCUACAAGUGUUUCCGGUCCCCCAAACUAUUUUAGAUAGGAUAGUCUCUAUAUGUAGAGUCUUCUUAUGGGGUGGAAAGUUCUCUAAAGUGGCUUGGGAUGACAUUUGUCUUCCAAAAGAGGAGGGGGGCCUUGGCAUUCAUAAUGCCAAGGUUUGGAACCAUGCCCUCCUAUCUCGAACACUUUGGGACGUCCAUAGGAAAAAGGAUACACUAUGGGUGAGAUGGGUCAAUGGGGUCUAUCUCAAAGGUAGGAGUGUGUGGGAUUUUGUCCCACGCAAUCGUGACUCAAUGUUCAUGAAGAAAUUGAGUCACAUCCGAGACCAAAUCAAGAGAUGUUUUAACAACCUAAAUGAUACCAUAAUGGGUCUUAAUGCUAGAUCCGAGAAUGGGAAACUAGUAUCGGGUAAGAUAUAUGAACUUUUGAGAACUAAAGGGACGGUUCGAGCUUGUAUGAGUUUCAUAUGGAAAUCUUAUAUCCCUCCCAAAUUCUCGUUUAAUGUUUGGCUUGCCUUGCGUAACAGGUUACCUACACAGGAUAACCUCAGUUACUUGCAUAUUGUUAACCGAUGUGACCUUUGUAAGGGUGGCUUGGAAACAAUGCCACACCUCUUCUUUCUUUGUCCUUACACUUGUAGGGUUUGGGAGCAUAUUAAAGACUGGUUGGGAUUAACAAGGGAGAUGUCCACACUCAAUAGCUCAGUCAAAUGGAUUUUGAAGAAUCAUAAAGGAUCGAAGAUCAAAGGGAAAGCUGCUCGUAUUGCCUUUUGUGCCACGGUCUAUUACCUUUGGCACGCUAGGAAUGCCAACCGAUUUGACGAAGCGGAUGUGAAGGAGGAGGAGACCAUUGCGAAAAUCAAGCAUGUGGUAUAUAAGAUACUAUUCAGUAUAUAUCCACAUGACUUGGUUAAAUUUUGAAGAAGGCAAAUGCAUGGAUAUUUUGGAUGCCGAGGUUUGAAGUUAAUUGACACUGCCACAUGGACACUUGUAUGUCGCGGCAUGGACCUUUUGGAUGCCGCGGCUUGGACAAUUCGGACACCAAGGCAUGAACAUCUUGGAUGCCACGGCAUGAGGUAGCGUCUUGGACGGGGGGUGUUUGCUACCACCUUUGUAUUUCUUUUAACUUUUGAACUUCUGCUCUAGUUGCUUACUUAAGUAGCACGGAUGUAUGUUUGAUUUUUCGAUUGGCAAGUAUUUAUGCUUGGUCCUUUUGGUGUGGAUUAGAUCGAGAAAAAAAAAAACCUCUCUUCACCCUCACAUUAUGUGGAGGUGGGGGGGUUUUAGGAAAUCUAGGACACUUGAUGUAUAGUUUUUUUCUGGGUAUUAAUAUACAUUUACAUUUCAUCCAAAA